AUGAAUAUCAUCGAAUGGGCCUUCGGCAAACGCAUGACGCCCGCCGAGCGUCUGCGCAAACACCAACGCGCGCUCGAAAAGACGCAACGAGAACUCGACCGCGAGCGAACAAAGCUCGAACAACAGGAGAAGAAACUCGUCGCCGAGAUCAAAAAGAACGCCAAGAAUGGACAGAUGGGCGCGGUGAAGGUGCAGGCGAAGGACUUGGUUCGGACGAGGAGGUAUAUCCAGAAGUUCUAUCAGAUGAGGACGCAGUUGCAGGCGAUUUCGUUGAGGAUACAGACUGUGAGGAGUAACGAGCAGAUGAUGCAGAGCAUGAAGGGCGCGACGCAGCUUUUGGGGAGCAUGAACCGACAGAUGAAUCUCCCGGCGCUGCAGCGGAUAGCGAUGGAGUUUGAGAAGGAGAAUGAUAUCAUGGAUCAGCGACAGGAGAUGAUGGACGAUGCGAUUGAUGAUGUUACCGGGUUGGAGGAUGAGGAGGAGAGUGAGGAGGUUGUCACUCAAGUGCUUGACGAGAUCGGCGUGGAUCUUGGACAGGCUCUGGGAGAAACGCCUCAAGGUCUACAGAAGAACGCCGUGGCCGAUGGCAAGGUGGCUCAAGCCAUUGGUGGUGGAGAUCCGGGAGAUGAUGACCUCCAGGCGAGACUGGAUAGCUUACGAAGAUAG